UUAUCACAAUCUGUUGCUUAAGUUCAGGGGGAGCAGCAGCGUAAAGCCCUUUCAGAGCGAGAGCGAGCGGAACAGAGUCGUCAUGGCCCAGAAAAGUCACGCUCAGUUCUCCAUCAGGGAGUACAGACCUUCAGAUCAACAUGUGGUCACGUCGCUCUUCCGUGACGGGAUCCUCGAACAUGUGUACCCGGCCUUCUUCAAGGCCCUGAGCCACCCCGACCACGUGGGCAUCGCUCUGAGCAUCUCCAUGGCCGGCUACGUGCUCGGCGGCAGCUCCUACUUCCAGGCGUUGCUCUUCGGCGGCGCCUGGGCCGGCCUCAUCUAUUUCUGCUGCCACGACAUCUGCGAAGGCUACAUGACGAGGCGGCUGAGCACGGACAUGGCCGACAUUCAGGCCCACUACCUGGACAACCCAGAUAGUGGUUUCUGGGUGGCGGAGGCGGACGUAGGCGGCCAGACGAAGGUGGUGGGGAUGGCGGCAGUGACGGGGAAGAGGGCGGAGGAGGAAAGCGCAAGGUUUGACGACAGGAACGGAGGAGUGGCGGGCGGAGGUUCGGAGCCCGACCAGGACGCCGGAGACGGGAGCCACGGCGAGAUGUCCCACAUGGUCGUGGUUUUCCCACAUCGCCGUAGCACCCUGGGCUCGCAGCUGAUGCAGAAGGCCCUGGACUUCUGCAAAGAGCGAGGCCACGCCCGCCUCGUCCUGGACGUCAGCUCGCCGCAGACGGCCGCCAUCGCCCUGUGCCAAAAAAUCGGCUUCGUUCAAACGGCCUCGCACGCCAACACGCACGCCAACCGCUGGUUCUCCAAACUGGCCAGAAUCAAUGUGAUGCGAAUGGAGAAGUUCAUCUAGAUUUAGACUUUGUACCUCAGCACCUGAUACAACCUCACAUGUACAGCACAAUAAGAAUAUGUCAGUUAAUUUAUGCUUCCUGUCUCGUUGACUUCUCUCUGCUGAGUGAUACCCGGUCACUUUUGCUCCCCCCCCCCUGUCCCUCUGGCUUGCUCUCAUGCUAGUUUGAAACAUUAAAUUUCAUGUUUUUUUCCACAAA